CUAAUCAAUCAAAUAAUAAGCAGCUAGCGCUCUACCAAUCUCUCGUCCUCUCUUUAAAAAAUCCUCUUUAUUCUAUCUCUCACUACUAUCUAUCCUUCUACGUACAGGAGCAGAGCACCAUGUUCAAGAUCGGAUUAAGUAAAAAUGCCGCCAUUGCAAGAGCUCGGCUCGCUGGGAUCUGUAACAGGGGAUUCUCCACCGAGACUGGAAGCAAGUUAGAGGGCAAGGUGGCACUGAUCACUGGAGCAGCUACUGGAAUUGGCAAAGCAACGGCAGAAAAAUUCAUCCAAAAUGGUGCUAAAGUUGUUAUAGCUGAUAUUCAACCUCAACUCGGCCAAGAAACCGCGAAAGAACUUGGACCGAAUGCUGCCUUCAUCGCCUGCGAUGUCACAAAAGAAUCAGAUUUAUCCAAUGCUGUUGAUUUCACCAUUUCCAGACACAACCAACUUGACAUCAUGUACAAUAAUGCAGGGAUAGCCUGCAAAACUCCUCCAAGUAUUGCAGACCUUGAUCUUACGGUGUUCGAUAGAGUCAUGAACAUCAAUGUCCGAGGAGUCGUGGCUGGAAUUAAACAUGCUUCUCGUGUCAUGAUCCCGCGUAAAUCUGGCUGCAUUCUAUGCACGGCCAGUGUCACAGGAAUAUUGGGAGGGCUAUCUCAGCACACAUAUUCUAUAUCAAAGUGCACUGUCAUUGGCAUUGUUAAAUCUGUUGCAGCUGAGCUAUGCAGGCAUGGGAUCAGAGUCAAUUGCAUUUCACCUUUUGCGAUUCCAACUGCUUUUGUGAUGGAAGAAUUGACUCAGAUUUAUCGAGGAGUUGACACUUCACGGCUUGUGGAACUUAUACACAAGGCUGGAGCAUUAGAGGGGGCAAAAUGUGAGCCCUGUGACAUAGCCAAUGCUGCACUAUAUCUUGCAUCUGACGAUGCCAAGUAUGUUAACGGGCAUAAUUUGGUCGUCGAUGGAGGUUUUACGUCAUCCAAGACUUUGGGGUUCCCUGCACCAGAUCAGAUGCAGUAAAUUCUUUACUGCCAAACAUGAUUUGUGAGGUUUUAGCUUUUUUUUUUUCAUGGAAGUUAAAAGGAAAUUGCAUUCUUUGUAAGUACAAGCCUUGGUUUCCUAAAGACAGUAUUCUAGCAUGUCAUCUAGAAAGUGGGCUAUUGCAGGCCCAAGAAGUUUUGAACCA